AUGAAUGAAAGUGAUCUUCCCCCGAUCUCAGUGCCUAUUCCUCGGUGGCACUUCACUUGGGACGAGAUUCGGAAUAAGUCAGCGUCGCGAAAACGCGGCAUGUCUUACGACGAUGAGCUGCGCAAACGCCAGGAGUCUGCCCGGUUUAUCCAGAAGAUGGCCGAUCGGCUGAACCAGGGCAUGAAAGACAACAGAAGCAAAAUUUCGCAACUGUGCGUCUGCGCGACAAUCGUCCAAGUGAACCGGUUCUUCUACUUUCAUUCCUUCGACGUCUUCGAUUAUCGGGACGUCUGUGCUGCCGGGUUGUUCUUAUGUGGUAAAUCCGAGGAAUGUCCUCGCAAGUUAGAACACGUUGUCCGUAUAUGGUGGUCGCUGCGCUUUGAAAGUCAUCCAACCUUGCCAGAUAAGUACUUCAAAGAUGCGAUGAACCGAAUUCACUUCCUAGAGAAUUGCAUUCUUCAAACAAUUGCAUUUGACUUGCGGAUCGACCUUCCGCAUACCGUUGUUUUGCAACAGAUGAAUUCGAUCAACCAUGGAAAGCGGAUGCUGACCGAGGCUGCUUACUUCUUUGCCACUGACGUGUUGUGCGUAACUGAUUGGUCAAUCAGAUACACGGCCCCUGAAAUUGCGGCAAUGUGCAUAUAUGCGGUCUGUGUCUGGGCUGAUCACGAGUUGGACUAUCAACCACAACCCUGGUAUAAAUCAUUCGCCCCCAGCUUAACCGAGGAAAAGCUUCGAGAGGGAAUGACCGAAUUCUUGUCCGUCUACACACGCUACAAAGAGAUUCAAGGGAGCCUUCGCUUGGGCAAAUUCAGCCAGAAGGGGACCAUCAAAUUCCCCCCGCCUGGCGUCCAUGCCGAGAUUGAGAGUCGGAAAGCGGAGGGUGAAGCGCCAUUGCCUCCACCUCCUGCACCACCGGUUAUCCGGAAGACAAAUUAUGACGAGUACAAGGCAAGCUUUCCCUAUUUUGCAAAUACGACAUUCUUCCAGAAAAACGCAGCACGUCAUGCGGAACAAAAUGCUCAUCUGCAAACAGCGCCGCCGCCGCCGCAACCCCCUCGUCAAAGUUUCAUGCCCGACUUGAGUGAUAUUGGAGCCCGAUCCCGAAACGAAGCGGCCCCAAGGCCAGAGUUUGGAGCACGUCAUGAUAUUGUCCCCCGUGCUGACAACGGCAGGCCUAGAGACAAUCGCGAUCCAGCACGACGAGAGGAUAGCCAUAAAGAGAAGGCGCGUCACGAGGAAAAACGUCGACGUGAGGAAGCGAUGCGGCGAAGCCAUGAGCGUCCGCGUGAAGAAACCGACCGCCAUCGUAAGCGCGAAAGCGGGCCACCUGGCGGCGGCGCAUCUCCCAGCGGCAAUCCUCCUGUUGAAAAGAAGCGAUUCCCGCCUGAGAACUACAAGCGAAGGACCCCACCGCAUAAGCCAACACAGCCGUCCUUCUACAAACGUCGUGACGAUGUGGAGGAUGGCGAAGUGCUA